AUGUUUCCUUUAUUGUUUGUUACUUUCUUUUUUGUUGUUUUUUGUGUAUUCCUUUGUCUCCUGUCGUUAUUUUAUUUUGUUUUUUUCUCAAAAUUGUACAUAUUGUUUUUCUUUUAUAUAAUGUUAACUUUAUUAUUACCAACCAUUAGGAACACAUGUGAAAAGCAGAAUGUAUAUAUGAAUUAUGGGUAUAAAUUCGAAACUGUUUUAGAGAUAAUGACUUCAAACAGUGAAAUACAUUUAGUAAAAUCAUUGGAUACAAAUGAAACAUUUAUUUCAAAAGUUUAUGAUCUUUAUGGAAUAAACGAAAAUGAUUUAAAAAAUUAUAUGAAUGAAUUACAUAUUAUGAAAAAGUUGGAGAAUUGUGAAAAUAUAGUUAAGAUUGUUGAUUUUAUUAAGAAAAAUGAUUCGUUAUCUUUCAUAAUCGAAUUUUGUAAUCAAGGAGAUUUAUAUUCUGAUAUUUUAAGAAGAAAAAUAAAUAAUGAACAUUAUUCAGAAAGUGAAAUAUUUAAUAUAUUAAACCAGAUAUUAAAUGGAUUAAGCUCUAUCCAUAAAAAUGGUAUAAUUCAUGGUGAUUUAAAAAGCACCAAUAUAUUUAUUAAAGAUGAUAAAAUAAAAAUUGGUGAUUUUGGUAUAUCACAAAAAGGAUCAAAUAAAAAUUUAGGGACAUUAAAUUUUUUAAGUUAUGAAUCUAUAAAAUUAAACAAAACAAAUAAAUUAAGUGAUUUAUUUCAAGUAGGUUGUAUAUUAUAUGAAUUAGUAACUUUGUCUUCUCCAUUUUCUGCUAAUAAUAUAAAUGAUAUGAUUCGACUUUUUGAAGAUAAAAAUUAUAAAAAUGAUAUUAUUAAAAAUAUUUCAUCAUUUUAUUCUAUACAAUUAGUUGAUAUUAUUUCAAAAUUAUUAUCAUUAAAUGCGUUAGAUCGGUUACAAGUAAUUUCUAAUUAUAAUAUUGCAAGAAAUUAA